AUGUCUGAACCGAGACAGAAGAAACGUCAACGGCAGACUUUGGUCUGUGAGUUUUGUCGGAAGAGGAAAGUGAAAUGUGAUAAAGGUAAUCCUUGCUCCACUUGUAAGAAGUACGGGAAUGUGAAUUGCCAUUACUCCGAUAACAUGUUCCAGAUGAUCAGCGGAAACACUUUUGUAGAGCAGAACCAUAUGGGAGACACCAAUUAUAUGGUGAAAACAAGCCCCAAUGGGAAUGGCGUGGGAGCACUCAGAAAGUCGAGUGACAGCAGUGUGAAAUCAGACCUUGAGCUUGAGCUUGAGCUGUUGAAACAGAAAAUUAAAAGCAUUGAACAGUCUGUGACUUCCAUUGCCACUUCGGACUUGUCGCCUAAUUCGAUCCAAAGCAAUAGUUCCAGCACUCAGUAUGGUCUUCCAUCUCUAGACACGCCCACCUUGGCUGAUCCAUUGACAAUAAGUAGUCAUUGGAAGGACAAGUCAAUGCUUGGCCGUAACCCGGUCGCAUCAAACUACGACACUAUCAACUUUUACACCGGUUAUACAUCAGUUCAAGACAAAGAACCUCUUCGUAGAGCCAAUUUUGGACCCAUGUCUUGGAUAGCAUUGCUAAGAAAGGACCGGGCCCUGAACAUGCUUUGGAGUUAUGUUGAGGGCAGACGAAAGCUCAUUGAGGAUAAAUUGAAAGUGUUCCAGACUACAAAUGCCUCAACUAAGACAGAACAUCAUUUUAAAGAUUUACUCACUGAAUCGUUUGGAUAUAAUGAUGUAAAAUUAUUCAAGGCCAAGACCGGUGAUAGAAAUAUGAAAUUUGAAAAUGGUAACGAUUAUGGGCUUGAUGUGGUUAACAGUCCAGUUUCAAGGCAGUUGUCGAACACCACUACUAAAUCUGAAUUGAAUAGUAAACCACGUCUCUUUCUGAACAAUUACAAUGUUAAUGAUUCAGCAGCUAAAUCUAAAAUCAAUGAACGAGCUCGUUCACUUGGAAUUUCCUUCUAUGCUGGUGACAUUGAUGAUGAAUUGGCCUUGGCUGAUAAAAUUGAAUUGAUUUUACCUAAUGAGAGUGUUAUUUGGCUUCUUGUUGGUAGAUUUUUUACUCACAUUUAUCCUUUCUACCCAGUUAUCGAUGAAGUUAGCUUUAGAGCAAAUGUUAGUGCAAUAAUUGGACUAGAAGGUUAUGAUAAUAAGAAAAAGGUCCUGAUUAACGUUGAAAAAAAAUUGGACUUUGCAAAUUUGGGUUUAUUGUUGCUCAUGCUUAGAUUCAGUUAUCUUUCAUUACUAUCCACGAUUGAAUCUGUUAAUGAAAGAAACUUGAACACUGCGGACCAAUCUCCAGAAGCCCAAAGAUUGAAAUUCUUGUUAAACAAUCCGAUAAAUUUGGAAAUAGUUGAUUGUGCACAGGAAUGCCUAAACCAGUUUAAUUUACUUCGUAGGGUCAAUAUGACAAUUAUGCAAUUGGCUCUUUUUACAAGAUUGUACCAUAUGUAUGCUCCUGAAGAUGGUGACAGCGCUGAUGGAGGAGAUUCACAAGUAUUCACUGCAACAUUAGUGCAGAUGGCUCUACUGUUGGGUUUAAAUAGGGAACCUGAUUUGUUUCCUGAUGCUUGUAAUGAUGAGAAGGUUAAUAACAUAGGUAGAAAAAUUUGGUACUUGUUGUUAAUCUUCGAUUUCAAUAAUGCUAUGGCACUUGGUACUCCUCUAAACAUUAGUAGGUCGAUGUUUGAUACAAAAUUUCCCUUUUACAAGCACGGGAAUUCAAACAUCCUUGACACAGAGCUUGAGAUGAAAAUUUUGUCUUCAUCUUUCCCAAGAAUGGAUAGAGUUUAUGGUCCUAUGUUCGAUAUAAUUACCACGGUUUUAGACGUAAGAGGGAACAUAAAUAUGGCGCUGCUAGCCGAGAAAUUGAAUUUCGUGGAAACUUAUUUUAACCAAGAGUAUGGUAAUUUGAGAUCCAUAUUUGAUGAUGCAUCUGUUGAUGGGGAGGAAGAAAGUGAUCUGGAGGAUUUAUUCGUCAAGACUUUGAAAAUGAAGAUAUAUUUCGCCUCUAAUUUCUUUUUGGUGACAAUAUAUUUCCACUUCUUCUGCUACUAUGAAAACAAAAAAAAUUCAGAAUAUGCAUAUUACUAUUUAAAGAAAAUAUUUUCUAUUAUUAUUGGAGAGUUGGUGCCAUAUUAUUUGGAACUAUUGGGAAAUAAUCCUAAAAUAUUCAGAAACCUGACUGAUAUGAUUGUUAUACCAAGCUUUGAAAUCAUUUUGCAUAAAUCACUUAUUAUAUGUAGUGCAAUCUUAAUUAGAAUUCGCCUUAUGCUAUACACGCUUAAGGUCAAUCCUAACCAUGAUAUGUCGCUAUUGAAAGACCAGAGAUAUUCUGAUAUGUUCUCAAAGUUAACUAAGAUGGAUCAAUUGCUACAAAAAAGUUGCAAGAUAUUCUUAGAAACUGUUGGAAGAUUAAGUAAAAGGUACUAUUAUGCAUGGAGAAUUGUAAAGGCUGGUGGUUUUAUUCAUGAUUUGGUAAAAGGUAAGGAAUUUUAUGAACAUUUGUUGGAAAAUACAACAAUGGAGAAUACCGGUGAUGGUGGAGAAGAUGUUAAGGAUAAAAAAAGUCUUUUGGAUAUGAAAUUUUCAAUUGAAAUGCUUGAUGACUUGAUUGUAUUAUUUGAAGAAUCAUUAGCAAGAGUGCCAAGACAUAAGAAGAUGCAAACACAACAAAAUCAGCAGACUUAUCAACAGCAACAACGACAGUAUGGUCAGCAGAAUCAACCUCUGGACAAUUCCUACAAUCCUCAGCAAUCUCAAAAUCCUGAUGGCUCUUUGAUUACACAUGGAUCGACACAGCGUUCGAACGGUAGUAUGUCAAAUUCAAACAAUGAUAGUAGUGGUAGUCUCAAUGGAGAAGCCCAUUCUGUCGGUUCUACCGGCUCUUCAUCUUAUUCAGAGAACUUCUCAGCAGGUAAUGAAUCAGUAGAUAGGCUUUGGCUACAAAUGCUUCAACUUAAGAGGAAAGAUCUCAAUAACAGUAAUUUGGGUAUGACUCCAUCUUUUGAUUUCUUUAACCAGACUCCUGUGGAAAACGCAAGAUACCAGGCGGAAACGCCAGGUGCUUUUGGUUUAAAAGGUGUCAAUGGUGAGUUCUUAAAUGAUGCCGGUACUGGUACCGGCUUUGACUCUGGGUUAAAUGUUAUGGAUCAUAGUUUAAAUGAACUAAUGAAAAGUUCGGAUUUUGAUCUCUUCCAAAGUUUAACUUUUGAAGAUAUAUGGGGGAAGAAUAUGUAG